AUGACUCCGCAUCCUCUCUCAGGCCUCACGCCCGACGAGAUCAAUGUCGCUCGCGAUGUUGUCGUCGCUUCCCAUCCGGACACCAUUGUUUACUUUCGUGAGAUAUACUUAUCAGAGCCUCCUAAGGCUCAGCUCAGGGAAUUCCUGGGACUCGAACAUUCAGGCCGAUUGAGCCCGACAACACAACGGCCCUCUCGACUGGCCCUAUGUCAAUACAAUGUGAUUGGCCGAGAGAAGUCCACUGAAUACCACGAAUCCAUCGUUGACAUUCGGCUACGAAGACAUGUAAAGCAUCAGAUUGUGGAUAAGAAGUUCCACGCUGCGCUGGUAGUCGAUGAAUUCGAUGUUUUUGUCGAUCGUUGCAAGGCUUCUCCUCUCUUCCAGCAAGCGCUGGCAGACUUUGAUCUCCCUAAAGGCUUUGAUGUAGUCAUUGAGCCCUGGCCCUAUGGUGGACUAGAUCUCUCCGACGACAACCGUCGAUACAUGCAAGGCUUGAUUUUCGCUCAGGACCAGACGAAAAACAAUGAAGAUGCGAACUUCUACUCCUACCCGCUGCCUGUGAUUCCAGUCAUGGACUGCGCGACAGAAGAGAUCGUCCGUGUGGAUCGUCCGGCUACCGGAGGCAAGGGCGAUGGACUUUACGACCAGACCUUCAGCCGCGACAUCAUCGGCCACGCCAACGCAUCAGACUACGUCCCGGAAUUGCUCCCAGGGGGCACGCGAAAGGACCUGAAGCCGUUAAACGUGGUUCAGCCGGACGGUCCCUCGUUUCGCGUCACGAACGAAUCUCUGGUUGAAUGGCAGAAAUGGCGUUUCCGGGUAGGCUUCAACCCCCGUGAGGGUGCGACAAUCCACGAUGUAUGGUAUGACGGACGGAGUGUACUGUAUCGGUUGGCUGUCAGCGAGAUGACGGUUCCCUACGCCGAUCCUCGACCCCCGUACCACCGCAAGCAGGCCUUUGACUUUGGUGAUGGUGGUGGUGGUAACACUGCCAAUAACCUUUCCAUCGGCUGCGACUGUCUCGGGGUGAUCAAGUACUUCGACGCCUUGCUCACAGAGACCGACGGUAGCGCAACGAAACUGCCGAACGCUAUCUGUCUGCACGAGCAGGACAAUGGUAUCGGCUGGAAGCACAGCAAUUGGCGCACCGGCCGGGCUGUCGUUACGCGCAGUCGCGAGCUCGUGGUGCAGUUCAUCAUCACACUUGCUAAUUACGAGUACAUCUUCGCCUAUAAGUUUGACCAGUCCGGCGCCAUCACCGUCGAGGCGCGUGCAACGGGUAUUCUCAAUGUCGUCAAUAUCGAUCCAUGCAAGACCAGCGAGUACGGCAACGUCGUUAGUGGCGGGGUGUUGGCCCAGAAUCACCAGCACAUUUUCUGCGUGCGCAUCGAUCCUGCCGUCGACGGACAUGACAACUCCGUCGUUGUGGAAGAAUCCCAUCCGGUGCCUAUGAAUGAGGCCACUAACCCCAACGGCAACUUUUACCGGGUUAUCGAUUACACCGUCGACCGGGCUGGUUGGCUAGAUGCGGCCCCUGAUCUAAACCGCGUGGUUAAGAUGACCAAUCCGCACCGCUCGAACCCUGUCAGCGGCAAGCCAGUCGCGUACAAAUUCACGCCCCUGGCCACGCAAAAGUUGCUGGCUGAUCCGAACUCGGUACAGGCGAGACGGGCACAGUUCGCCCAGCAUCACAUCUGGGUGACUAAAUACCGGGACGGUGAAUUAUACGCUGGCGGUAACUACACCUUGCAGAGCCAGGUGGAGAUCGGUGGUGUCUCAGACGCUGUCAAACGGGGAGAUCGCGUCGCCGACACGGACGUGGUGGUUUGGAGCUCAUUCGGUUUGACGCAUAACCCGCGUGUGGAAGACUGGCCGGUGAUGCCCGUGGAUAUUUACCAGCUCAACAUCCGGCCCUCGGACUUUUUCACGGCGAACCCUUCCUUGGAUGUGCCGUCGAGCCGGAACGCGUCGUCGCGAGUGAUCCAGUCAGAUUGCUGUCGGGAUGCGCAUAUCUAA